AUGAAGUCCGUCGCUGCUGUCCUCACUCUGGCCGCUGUUGCUUCUGCUGCUCCUGCUGAGGUUGUGGCCCGCACAGGCGGCGCCUGCAGCGUCAACGGCAACAACAAUGGAAAUGUGGCAUGCUGCAACUCGGGAAUUCCUAUUCUCGGCAGCCUCCUCUGUAACGUCCUGACUCUAGGACAAAGUUGCACUGUUGGUCAGACUGCUUACUGCUGCAAUAACAGUGGCUCGGGGGGCCUAAUCAACGUGGACCUUCUUAAUUGCGUUUCAAUCUAA